UUUAAGCUCGCCAACGUUCAAAAAAUAAGUAGGGGGAAGAUUUCUGUAGCAUUUUUACGCAAAAAGCGCGACGAAACUGUAGAAUGAAUAUGAAUGAAUAUAUGAUAGUUGAUGUGAAAAGUGUUGUUGCGUUUUAUAUUAAUCGCAAAUAUAAGUUUCCAACCAAACCAUCCAUAUCUUCAGACUGUAAGAUGGAUCGUUCUUGACGCCUUCGAACUACUGGGAGUGGCGUCGCCGUAAGAUGUCGUCAUCUUCGAACGCCCGACUAACGCAGUUCUACACCGUCGAGGUGGGCGACACCAAGUUCACCAUACUGAAGCGGUACCAAAACCUGAAACCGAUCGGUAGCGGAGCACAAGGCAUCGUCUGA